GCCGCGGCCGCCGGGGGUGCGGGCCCGCCCCAGAAGGACGCCCAUUGGCCGUGCGCGCCAUCCUUCACCCGGCGCAUUCCGCCGCCCGCAGGCUUGCGGGGAAACUUCCUUAUUAUUGUGACGCCGAAAUCGGAGAAACCCCGAGCCGGGUCGGUGGAGCCGUCACCGUCGGAAUCCCGCGCGGCGGUUCAGCGGCCGCCGAGAUCUGCAGGGUGAGGUGGAACCAUUCUGGCUUAAGUACAGAUGCCAAGUGUGUGUGACCUGUGCUCUCUUCUAGGCUACAUGACUCCCUGAAGGACAAGAACGAUGUUAUGUUGGGGAUAUUGGUCUCUGGGCCAACCUGGAAUCAGCUCUAACCUGCAGGGGGUUGUGACCGAGCCACAGGUGUGUGGAUUUAUAUCCGACAGAAGCGUCAAGGAAGUGGCCUGCGGAGGAAACCACUCCGUGUUCCUGCUGGAGGAUGGGGAAGUUUACACGUGCGGCUUGAACACCAAGGGGCAGCUGGGCCACCAGAGGGAAGGAAACAAGCCAGAGCAAAUCGGAGCUUUGGCAGAUGAGCAUAUUGUCCACGUGGCGUGUGGCGAGUCCCACAGUCUGGCCCUCAGUGACCGGGGCCAGCUGUUUUCUUGGGGCGCAGGCAGCGACGGUCAGCUGGGGCUCAUGACCACGGAGGACUCGGUGGCAGUACCCAGGUUAAUACAGAAGCUGAACCAGCAGACAAUAUUACAAGUUUCCUGUGGUAACUGGCACUGCUUGGCCCUCGCAGCUGAUGGCCAGUUCUUCACGUGGGGAAAGAACAGCCACGGGCAGCUGGGCCUGGGGAAGGAGCUCCCCUCCCAGGCCAGCCCGCAGAGGGUGAGGUCCCUGGAGGGCAUCCCGCUGGCACAGGUGGCUGCAGGAGGGGCCCACAGCUUUGCCCUGUCUCUCUCGGGAGCCGUGUUUGGCUGGGGCAUGAAUAACGCAGGGCAGCUGGGGCUCAGCGAUGAGAAAGAUCGAGAGUCUCCUUGCCACGUGAAGCUCCUGCGGACCCAAAAAGUCGUCUAUAUCAGUUGCGGAGAAGAGCACACAGCAGUUCUCACAAAAAGUGGAGGCGUGUUUACCUUUGGUGCUGGUUCCUGCGGGCAACUUGGACACGGUUCCAUGAAUGAUGAGGUUAACCCCAGAAGAGUCCUGGAGCUCAUGGGCAGUGAAGUCACUCAGAUCGCCUGUGGCAGACAACACACCCUAGCCUUUGUGCCUUCUUCUGGACUCAUCUAUGCAUUUGGUUGUGGAGCAAGAGGUCAAUUAGGAACUGGACACACUUGCAAUGUCAAGUGCCCAUCUCCUGUGAAAGGUUACUGGGCCGCCCAUAGCGGCCAGCUUUCAGCCAGAGCUGAUCGCUUUAAAUAUCAUAUUGUUAAGCAGAUCUUCUCUGGAGGAGACCAGACUUUUGUACUUUGCUCCAAAUAUGAGAGUUCUUCUCCUGCGGUUGACUUCAGGGUGAUGAACCAAGCACAGUACACCAGUUUAAUAAAUGACGAAACCAUAGCAGUCUGGAGGCAGAAACUCUCAGAACACAACAAUGCAAAUGCAAUCAACAGUGUCAUUCAGAUAUUAUCUUCUGCAGCCUGUUGGAAUGGAAGUUUUCUUGAGAAAAAAAUUGAUGAGCAUUUUAAAACAAGUCCCAAAAUCCCCGGGAUUGACCUGAACUCAACUAGAGUGUUAUUUGAGAAGUUAAUGAACUCUCAGCACUCCAUGAUUCUAGAACAGAUCUUAAAUAGCUUUGAAAGUUGCCUGAUUCCUCAGUUGUCAAGUUCACCACCAGAUGUUGAAGCAAUGAGAAUCUACUUAAUACUACCUGAGUUUCCCCUGCUCCAGGAUUCUAAGUAUUACAUAACGUUGACUAUUCCCUUGGCUAUGGCCAUUCUGCGGCUGGAUACAAACCCCAGCAAAGUCUUAGAUAACUGGUGGUCUCAGGUGUGCCCGAAAUAUUUCAUGAAGCUGGUAAACCUCUAUAAAGGUACAGUCGUUUAUCUACUGAGAGGAAGAAAGACAUUCUUAAUUCCUGUGCUGUUUAGCAAUUAUAUUACAGCAGCGCUCAAGCUCUUGGAGAAGUUACACAAGGUAAAUCUGAAAGUGAAGCAUGUGGAAUAUGAUACAUUUUAUAUCCCUGAGAUUUCCGGUCUUGUGGACGUUCAGGAAGACUAUCUCGUGUGGUUCUUACGUCAAGCAGGCACGAAGGCUAGACCAUCUAUAAUGCAGGAUGCUGUAACACUUUGUUCCUACCCUUUCAUCUUUGAUGCCCAAGCCAAGACCAAAAUGUUACAGACCGAUGCUGAACUGCAGAUGCAGGUGGCGGUCAACGGGGCCAACCUGCAGAACGUCUUCAUGCUUCUCACCUUGGAGCCUCUGCUGGCCAGAAGCCCCUUCCUGGUCCUUCACGUUCGCAGGAGCAGCCUUGUUGGAGAUGCCCUGCGAGAGCUGAGCAUUCAUUCUGAUGUCGAUUUGAAAAAGCCUCUCAAAGUCAUUUUUGAUGGUGAAGAAGCAGUGGAUGCUGGUGGCGUCACAAAGGAGUUCUUUCUUUUACUAUUAAAAGAAUUGUUGAAUCCCAUCUAUGGAAUGUUCACCUACUAUCAGGAUUCAAAUCUCUUGUGGUUUUCCGAUAUGUGUUUUGUAGAGCACAACUGGUUUCACUUGAUUGGCAUAACCUGCGGACUCGCCAUCUACAACUCCACCGUGGUGGACCUGCACUUCCCCUUGGCUCUCUAUAAGAAGCUACUGAACGUGAAGCCUGGCCUGGAAGACUUGAAGGAGCUGUCACCCACGGAGGGAAGGAGUCUUCAAGACCUUUUAGAUUACCCUGGGGAAGAUAUUGAGGAGACUUUCUGCCUCAACUUCACGAUUUGCCGAGAAAGCUAUGGCGUGGUUGAGCAGAAGCAGCUGAUACCUGGGGGAGACACAGUGGCUGUGUGCAAGGAGAACAGGCAGGAAUUUGUGGAUGCGUAUGUGAAUUACGUCUUCCAAAUCUCAGUUCAUGAAUGGUACACGGCUUUCUCCAGCGGCUUCCUCAAGGUGUGUGGUGGCAAAGUGCUCGAGCUCUUCCAGCCUUCAGAACUGAGGGCCAUGAUGGUGGGGAACAGCAGCUACAACUGGGAGGAACUGGAGGAGACUGCCAUCUACAAGGGCGAUUACUCAGCCGCACACCCCACUGUGAAACUCUUUUGGGAAACGUUUCAUGAGUUCCCAUUGGAAAAGAAGAAGAAGUUUCUCUUGUUCCUGACGGGCAGCGAUCGCAUCCCCAUCUCCGGCAUGGCCGGCCUGCAGAUCGCCAUCCAGCCCACGGCCAGCGGGGAGGAGUACUUGCCCGUGGCGCACACCUGCUACAACCUUCUCGACCUCCCGAAGUACAGCAGCAAAGAGGUCCUGUGUGCACGGCUCACCCAGGCCCUUGACAACUACGAGGGGUUCAGUUUGGCCUGAGGCUUCGCCCCGGGUUCCCCUUCCCUCCUCCACGUCCACGCCGAGGCCCACACAGAAAAUCAUGGGGACCUUGGAAAUGCUCCUGGCUUGUUGCCGUCCAACCCUAAGGACUAAGAAGGAAAGGAUUACUUCAGAAAUUCCCAAACCCAACAAGCUGAAUCUGGGUCCAUGACUUUGGCGGAACUCUUGCGAAUUUAUGGGAGCCCUUCAUAAACCUGCCUUGCCUAAAAAAACAGUUCUUGAGGGACUGGCCAUCUCCCUGUGGCUCUGCCUGUUCCCGGGCCUCCUCAAAGGGGUGCAGAGCUGCUUAGCUUUGCAGCUGAGCCGAACUCUGUCUGGUGGCCUCGCCAAGCCCUUUUGACAACAAGAGGUAACAGGCCCUCACCCUCUUGCAUCAUUUUGCUUUUGGAGCAGGUUGCAUUAAUUUUCUAAGGAGUAUUUUCUCCCAGAAAAGUAGAAUGAAUGGCUUAUCCUUUUCC